AUGGUUUCAAAAGUCAAUUGGGCAGAGAUGGCCGAUUCGGACUCGGAGCAGCCAGUCCCCAGCAUCCCGAGUGAAGUUACACCCAAGUUAUCGGACCAAAUUAUAGAGAGUUAUGCCACGAGCAGGUAUGAUCCGGAAGAGAAACAGUUUUUACCGGCUGGAUACAUCGGAACACUGGUAACAUUAGAGGCCAUUGUCCAAGAGCUGGAUGAGAAGGAUAUAUUAGAACCUGAAGAUUUGAACUUAGACCUGCCGGGAAACCGCAUGAAAAAGAAAAUUGUUGACUUCGUCUAUCAACAAGCAAAGAAACUGUUCGCGAUUUCUGUUGUUAGUGGUUUGCAUGGGCACGACUUGGCGUUGGCCAUGAAUCGAUUCAGGACUCUUAAGGUCUGCGACGCUUCUUUACCUUUAACGGAGUCAGUGCUCGGUGACUCUUCUUGUUGGUCGAAAACGAGAAAAUACAGCUUCCUCCAAGAACAAUGGAAAUUCAUAGCUCCUGUCUUCUCACAAGAAAACUUCAAAGUUGAUCUCUUACCUAGCCACAUCCUGCCCUUUACUGCAAAAAGUAGUUGGGCGAAAGAAGGGGCGUUUGGUCAGGUGUUCAUGAUUAAAAUUCAUCCAGCUCACCAGACAAAUGCAAUACAUAAUCCUGACGGUACACUAGCCAAUCUCGCUAUCAAGGAGUUUGUCAUUCCUGUGAAUAACGAAGAACUUUGGAAAGACGCAGAUGAAGUAUGGAAUUCUGAAGUUAAUACGCUGAAUGAGAUCAGCGACCUCAAACAUCCUCAUCUCAUUCAGCGAAUUGCUGCAAUAAUUAGAGGUAAUCAGCGAUUUCUGAUGUUCCUGUGGGCCGAUGGAGGAAAUCUGCGAGACUACUGGGAACACAACCCGAAGCCGAAUCUGACAGCAGAUUUGGUCAAAGACAUCAUCGAGCAGAUUCGUGGCAUGGCAGAGGCUCUCGAGAAAUUGCAUGGGUACAGAGACCAGUAUCAUUAUCGCCAUGGCGACAUCAAGCCUGAAAAUAUUCUCAACUUUCCCGACCCGAAAAAGUCACGGAUGGGAACGUUCAAGAUUUCCGACCUUGGUUCAGCAAAACAUCAUUCAGUAGCCACCCGUCUUCGAGAACGGACUGGAGGUAAGGCCUACGCGACUCAGGCCUAUCAGCCUCCUGAAUCUGUUACCAACCAGCUGUCAUCAAGUUCUCGGCUGUAUGAUAUUUGGUCGAUGGGGUGUGUGACUCUGGAAUUUAUGGUCUGGGUUCUUUAUGGAUAUGAAGAACUCAAAAAGUUUACUACAAGCAUCAAAGGAAAGCUGGAUGAGCCCUGCGCCUUUUUCGAGGUGGAGAAGAUCGAGUAUCAAAACACCCCUCCUGGGCUAGUGGCCAGCAUACAUCCUGCUGUCCAAGCUUGUUUGGACCGUCUCUCCGCAGACCCAGAGUGCGCAAAGGACACGGCCUUGGGAGAUCUACUCGAAAUUAUCAAAAAUGACCUCCUCGUUAUUAAACUCCCGGAGCGAACCCCAUCAUUCAUGGAUCUAAACAAUGUUUCUGUCGAAGGUACCAAUGAUAAUCACAAUUAUUCAGAAGCGAGGACAGUUCAUCCGACAAGAAUAAAGCAUCGCACCAGUGCCAAGGGAUUUGUCGACGCGCUGGAUGACAUUCUGAAAGGUGCAAAUGCAGAGAACGAGAGCUAUUGGUUUACAGGUAGUAGUCGGACAAGACUUCCUCAGGCCAGAGUUAUACCGAAAAUUGUUACUGAAGAAAGUCUUCCUUCGGGUUUAUCCCCAAGCUGGAGACCACAACGUGGUCAAAAGGGUCCGACACCUGUAUCGAACCCCAAUCAAAAUAUGCAAGAUGUAGGAGCAACCUCUAAUACUAAUCACAAUCAACAUCGAUAUAGUCUCGCGUUCAUGUCAGUAUAUCAUAUCUCAAGGGUUUUAGUAAUCCCUGAACUGCAGCUCAAGAUUACUAACAUCUCACAGGAGUUGUCCAAUGACUGGACUUAUCCAGUCGACAACGGCUUCGCACGUAACUUGCUUCAAAAAAUGGAUCUUUCAGUCGUACCACCUAAUGCUUAUUCCCCCUCGCGUCUCUGCGGUAAGUGCGCGAGUAUUGAUUUAUGUGCACCAACGCUUCAUAUCCAGGACACAUGGUCAGAAUUCGAAGACAAUGUUGCUACCUGUGACUUUUGUAAGUUGAGGUGGAAUGUCGCGAAACAUAUUAAUCGGGAAGACUAUAAAUCCGUCUCGUUCGAAAAGGUUGACUCAACGUUGAGAAUGAAUGACAGCAAUGCGCCUGCUCUAUCUAUCUGUCGGAGUCCAGAGUUGAGUACUACGGUGCCGAUCCAAAUUGGAUUUCCACAAUUGUCUGGCGCUCGGAGCGAGUCCCAUUUUCAGAUUCUCCGCCACUGGCUUAAAAGCUGCGACCAAGGCCAUCAAAAACUGAAAUGCCAACCAUCCAAGGUUGAAUUCGUACCUACAAGACUGAUCGAUGUAGGCCAAAGCGAUUGCGACACCGUUCGACUUUACGAAACCCAGUCAACCGAUUCUCUCAAAUACAUCGCUCUAUCUCACCCCUGGGGCACCAAACCGCCAUUCUUCCAAACUUUUCGCAAAAAUGUGACAUCUUUCAAAGCAGGUUUCAAAAUAACAGACCUCACAGCGACCUUGAGAGAUGCCGUGCAAGUCACCAGAGAAUUAGGUGUCCAGUAUCUGUGGAUAGACUCGAUCUGUAUUAUUCAGAGAGACGAAACCGAUAAUGGAGAUUUCGAGCAGGAGUCUAAACAUAUGGAAAAGGUAUUUAGUUCGGCUUACUGUGUUUUGGCUGCGAGUAGUGCGCAUGGACAAUCUGAUGGGUUUUUGAACGAGCGAGAAGGUAGCCGCAGAGAGUUUGUGACAUUUCAGAAGCAAGAUCAGCCUCCAAUCUUUGUUUGUCAGCAUUUGGAUGAUUUUAAUCAACAUGUCCUCGAGGGACCACUAAACAAACGAGGUUGGGUGAUGCAAGAGAGAGUUUUGGCUCGUCGCACUAUUUACUUUACUGACAAGCAGACGUACUGGGAAUGCGGAGAAGGAGUAAGAUGCGAGACACUCACAAAAAUGGAGAAGUACAACUCUCUCUCAACUUAUUAUGUUCCUGCAACUAACGAUUUUCAAAGUAAACUAGCUUCCUUUCUCGGCGACCCAAACUUUCCCGAAAAGAUUGCUAGCAAAUUCACGUCCAGAGGAGAGAAAAUCGUCUUCUACGAAGAUCUCUACAAGCAGUACUCUCGCUUAGGUUUUACAAGGUGGGAGGACCGUCCGAUCGCCAUCGCAGGUCUAGAGAAACGGCUAAUAUCAGAUCUGCAAACACACGGUGGCUUCGGCGUCUUCGAUGAUGGACAAAGUUUGCUUCGGCGGAGCUUGCUGUGGCAGCGCGGCAAGGACGAGCAGACGUUGACGAAAAUCAUAUUUCCACCUGAGAGGAACACCAUUAUUCCAUCGUGGUCGUGGAUGGCGUAUCAAGGCGGUAUAGACUUUCUAGAUGUACCAUUUGGAGGCGUGGAUUGGACUAAGGAUGUCAUUCACUCUCCUUGGAUUCCGGAUCCGACUGAAGCUCACACGACAGAUCAAGUGGGGAGCAUUGAACUAAAUUCUGUUGCCAGAGGGUUUGACCUCCAGGGAGCUAAGGCUAAUGAGUUUAUGAUUAUCUAUGAUAUUCCGAGGACAGAGGGUGCGUCGAUGAAAUGUAUUGUCAUGGGGAGAAGGAGGGAAAAUGUGAAGUCGGCGGAUGCUAGACAUUAUGUUCUGUUGGUUGCGCCGAAGGCUGGGUUUUAUGAAAGAGUAGGCGUUGGGUUCAUGCUGGGAAAGUUCAUCGAGCUGAGUGAUCAAGGGUCCUCAAAAAUGGUCAAGGUUCGCUAG